AUGAUGUUCCCUGGCGCAGUGGCGAGUUCAGAGUUGCAGCAGGCCGCGGCCGAGAAGGUCAAAAGAGAUAUUGGGACAUUCGUUAUUUUCGGAUUCUUAAUUGAAGCAGGUGCUAAUCGUUUUUGGUUUGACUUUGGUAUUGGAAUUUCGAAACCCUCCUUUUUGUGGUCUUAUACGAGUUUUAUAUGA